CCCUUCUUGUCUUCAGCCUUCAUCAUCGCUCGACGCAGAUUUCUUGGCAAAAGGAAUCCAUCCGGUCAUAUAGUCGCCGGAACGGGACUUUUGCAUACAAGCAUUCCGGACAAACCACGAUGAUCGAGAAUGAGAAGAUGCAGGAUACGGAGGACGCACCACCACAUUCCAACGCAGGCUCACAGCGUGGAAGGCGCAUGUCGAGGAGUCGGAGCCAAGGCGAGGAAUCCCCAGAAAGUGUACAAGCGUCACCUUCGUCAUGGGAUCAGAGCUCUCGGGGCAGAUCCCUCUUGCGCAAAAUGACUGAUCCGUUUUCCGAGGCUAACCUGCGGAGGAGGGGAUACCAUACACUGCAGUCGUUUGACAAGACGUUUCAUGUUGAGAAGAGAUGGAAAUUGAUUAGAGAAAUGGGCUCUGGAGCAUACGGUGUUGUCAUCUCAGCCGCGGAUGAUAUCUCGGGCGAGACAGUUGCGAUCAAGAUGGUCACCCGGAUAUUCGAAAAGACACAGCUUGCAAAGAGAGCCCUUCGUGAACUUGCUCUACUCCGGCAUUUCAACAAUCACGAGAACAUAACGGGUCUCAUUGACGUCGACGCCAUAGCUCCGAAUUUCAAUGAGAUGUAUCUGUUCAUGGAGCCAAUGGAAGCUGACCUGCACCAGAUCAUCAAAUCUGGCCAGAUGCUGUCAAAUGAACAUGUCCAAUAUUUCACCUACCAAAUCCUUCGAGGAAUGAAAUAUGUCCACUCUGCCUCCGUCGUGCACCGCGAUUUGAAGCCUGGAAACCUUCUCGUCAACUCCGACUGCGAACUCAAGAUCUGUGACUUUGGUCUGAGCAGAGGCUUCGAAUCACGACCGGACGAGUACGUCUCGCACAUGACAGAAUAUGUAGCAACUCGGUGGUACAGAGCCCCCGAGAUCAUGUUGGCAUUCAAGCGUUACGAUACAGCAAUCGACGUAUGGUCAAUAGGAUGUAUACUGGCUGAACUCCUGACUGGGAAACCGCUCUUUAAGGGCAAGGACUAUGUUGACCAGCUAAACAAAAUUCUGGAUGUCCUGGGCACUCCAAGCGAAGCGGUGAUCAAACGGAUAGGCAGCGAAAAGGCACAAGCAUACGUCCGCACGCUGCCGAUCAAGAAGAAGGUCCCCUUCCGAAAACUUGUCCCCUCCGCUGACCCGCAAGCCCUCGACCUCCUCGAGAAAAUGCUUUCUUUUGAUCCCAGCGGCCGCAUUACCGUCGCCGAAGCCCUCGAGCAUCCAUGGCUCUCAGGUUAUCACGACGUCAACGACGAACCCGAAUGUCCGACAAAGUUUGACCGGUGGCGCGAUAUCGAGAAGUUAGAGACCAUAGAACAGUUCCGCGAGGCACUGUGGAAGGAGAUCGAGGAUUAUAGAAGGGAGGUCAGGAUGAUUGCGUUAGAGAUGAUGGAUGAUGAGCCUGCGCCACUUAGGAGCCCGAGUGUGCUUAGUGCGGUAGACGAGGGCGGGGACAAAGCGCAGGUGGAGGUAGUUGAUGAAGAGAUGGUGAAUGCGACUCGGCUCGAGGGAGUGGAUGAGUGUACCCAGGAGAAGGUCGAGGGGCAAGGACAAAGCGAGGCACAGCAGGAGGAUACGGAAACGAUACCACCACUCGCAGAGUUCCCGUCGAAGGAAACGAGUAUGGAGAAACGGAGAAACAGCGGAAGCAGCACCCAAGGCUCUUCAUCACUCGCAUAUCCGACCCAGCGCAUCCCAGCCGUUACAAGAGAUCCACUCGUUUCUUAUGCCCGACGCACGAGCAUGUUCGGCGCACACUCUAACCGUGGGUCAUUAUAUGAAAGCGCCACCGGCUCUCCAUCGGAUCCCUAUCAACCCAUGUCCACCGGUACACAUCCUACACCGACACGCGCUUCAUCUUUCAUCGAUGACGGCUCUGGCGUCAACUUCGGGGGGUAUGCGCUUGGAUCGGGUCACGUUAAAGACAGUAGCACCAGCACCGCCGGGGGCAUCGCGUUCCCAUCCAUGCAGCAGCGAGAUGGGUUCAUCGUUCCCGCAAGGUCACGGACGGCGAGUAUGGCCACGGGGUACGAUGUACCGAGAAAGCUAUUGCGGACCCUCUCGACUGUCUCGAUAUACGAGAGCUUGGGACCUUUGGCGGGCGGUGGUGAAGGUGGAGGCGAGGGCGCAGCGUCAGGUGUGGCACCGAUUGCGAAGAUCAUCAGGGAGAGAAGGACGGAGGCGGAUGCGCCACCUAGUGAGAUGCCGGGAGACUUCCAAAUUGGGGUCGGGGGGAGCGACAGUGAAAGUGGGGAGAGCGGGGAUGGGAAAUAGACCUGGAGAUUUGGAGAGCUGAGGAUGGCCUUGGUGGAUACAUCCGUUCGUUAGUUGACUGGUUUCGCAUCACUAUCUACCAUCUGCUUUCGUUACGGCGACACCUAGAGUUCGUAGAACCAACCACUGCCACACGGUCAUUUCAGGAUUGCGAUUAUCGUCGCCUGUACAAUAGAUAAUAGACUGAACGAACAACAAUACAAU